AAGAAAUCAAGGCGAUAAUUCUCCAACCUGAAUACGAGAAACAUCUUAAAACAUAUGAUCCUGAUAAUAUUAGAGACUUUAUUGAUGCAUUCAUUCAUGAACAGAAGCUACGUGAAAAUAACACAGAUGAACACUGGUUCAAUGCGCAGCAGUUGCUGUGGAAUAUAGAAGACUUGUUCAAUACAGGGACAGAAACAACAUCUACUAUACUUAGGUGGGCAUUUCUGUGUAUGAUUCACCACCCUGAGAUUCAGAAGAAAGUACGAGCAGAGAUCUUAGAUGUUAUCGGAGCUGAGAGACUUCCAUCCAUGCAUGAUAAGAAAAGGUUAAGCUACACAGAGGCAACCAUUAAUGAGAUCCAACGUAUGUGUUUGAUCGGGCCUCUAGGGGGACCAAUACAUAUGACACUACGCACAACGCAUUUCAAGAACUAUGUGCUGCCAGCCAACACCGGGGUCCUUCCCAACAUUUAUGCAAUCCACCAUGACUCCGAAUACUGGGACGAACCAUUCAAGUUCAAGCCAGAGAGAUUCAUCGAUCAAGAUGGAAACUUCCAGAAAGAUGAACACGUGAUUCCUUUCUCAGUUGGCAAGCGUGCCUGUAUUGGCGAGUCACUAGCCAGGAUGGAGCUAUUCCUGAUCUUCGUCGCCAUACUACAGAAAUUCUCUAUUGAAGUUCCUCAAGGCUCACCCCUGCCACCUAUGGAAGGAAAUAGAGGACUUUCAGUGGCACCAAAGAACUAUGAAGCAUGUUUUGUUAAAAUCUAGUGUUUAAUUUAUACUUACAGUACCUUGUAAUAGGGCAGCAAUUGAUUUAACAAGGCAUUAACACGACAAAAUGUCACCACCUUUGGAAGGUCAUUGAAGAUCAAAUCUCAAAUAUAAAAAUACCUUUUUUGACAUUCGUUAUGUUGCCAACAACAUUUGUGAUCUAGUUUGAUAACCUUGACCUUGACAAUUUUACUUUACAGACCUCGGUAGGUAUUUUGCGAUUAAGCUGAAUUAAAUUUGGAUCCAAAAGUCAAAGCCUAGUUUUUGCCCUUUCGAAGGUCAUUGAAGGUCAACCAAAGGUCAAAUCUCAAGUCAGAUGAUUUGAACUUCUGAGAACGUGAACAUGAUUUUGAAAAAAAUAUUUGGUCAAUUUGGAGCAGUUGAAAAAGACCUUUUUGACCUUUCCUGGCCUUCAAUAUGUUGCCAUUGUCACACUUUGUAGCGAAAUGUGUC